AUGAAAGCUCUCCGGUGCAUGAUUCUACUGCUUAUUGCCUCCAUAAAUGGAGGAAUAAGUGCAUCAGAGGAACCGAAUGUAUCCGAUAUGGUUAAAACGCGCUACAUACCAACGGCUGUUAGCUAUGUGAGCUUCGUGAAACACAUCGUUCCAAAACGAGUAGAACAGUCGUCCGAGCAUUCUAAGCUGCCGACUCGUGCCCCUUUCAAUCAUUAUAUUCCGACGCGGAAUUUCGUUCAAACUGAUCAGUCCAGCAUGGCUAUUGCUCCUCCGACCAAAAAACCGCUUCAUAAUUACUACAACGAACAGACGGCCGUUGCUCGAGAUCAUACUAUGUCCUACCAUAGCACUGGUAUAAGACCAGCGGUUAACGAUUAUCAUCCCACUUAUCCUACCAUUGGUUAUGCUGAACCGAUUUUUGUGCAAAGCAGAAUUCCUCUUUCACCUCGACCUGUCAGUGGAAACCGCGAAAGGAACAGUCCUAUGGUGAUUGGAGUACAGCAGCCGGCCUAUGUGAAGAAGUACGUACAGUAUGGACCACCAAAUCCUAGUUCGGUACGCAAAACGCUUACCUAUGCUCCAAAGCUUGCGUACAUUCCUCACAACUACCAAAGGGUGUGA